GGCGGGCGUGGGGGGCGCUACCCUGGUGACUCCAGGCGCGUGCGGCUGGGCGCAGAACGCCAGUCUCUCCCUGAAGCGCCGCCGUGUGUUACCGCUCCGCAGCAGAGGUCGGUGCCUGCCGCUGCCUUCGCGCCGCCGCCACCAUGCCCAACUUCGCCGGUACCUGGAAGAUGCGCAGCAGCGAGAAUUUCGACGAGCUCCUCAAGGCGCUGGGUGUGAACGCCAUGCUGAGGAAGGUGGCCGUGGCGGCUGCGUCCAAGCCGCACGUGGAGAUCCGCCAGGACGGGGAUCAGUUCUAUAUCAAGACGUCCACCACCGUGCGCACCACGGAGAUCAACUUCAAGGUCGGAGAGGGCUUCGAGGAGGAGACAGUGGACGGACGCAAGUGCAGGAGUUUACCCACUUGGGAGAAUGAGAACAAGAUUCACUGCACACAAACCCUUCUGGAGGGGGAUGGCCCCAAAACCUACUGGACCCGAGAGCUGGCCAACGAUGAGCUGAUCCUGACAUUUGGCGCCGAUGAUGUGGUGUGCACAAGAAUUUAUGUCCGGGAGUAAAGGUGGCCGACUUGUUCCUGCUUCUAUGACAGGAUGCAAGUUCCCCCUGAGGAGUACGACAUCGGCCUGCACAGCCAGCGGGUCUUUCCUCCUACACACUCUCCCCAUUUCCCUAUGACAGUGCUGUAGCGCCCUUCCCUCGGCCCCUGUUCCCUGUGCAUCCCUGGUUUGGCAUUUGCAUGGUUGUGCCGGUCAUUAAACUGGUUGG